AUGUCCUCUAUGUACGGAUCCCCCCCAUCUACCCAAUCGGCCUUACAGGUAGAUAAUCAGGUGCGCAGAGUGAAGCUUCCUCUACAGUCUUACCAUAAAGCGUUUGAGAAGAACCAGACUUUGGUCAUAGAAUUUCUCCUCCUGGGCUUUGGAGACCUCCACAACCUCAGGAUUCCACUCUUUAUCGUCUUCCUGAUAAUCCACAUCAUGGCAUUGGCCAGCAAUGUCCUUGUCAUCAUGUUAGUUGUGGCCAACCAGAGCCUUCACUCCCCCAUGUACUUCUUCCUCAGCCAGUUGUCCUUGUCUGAAAUCCUCUUCACCAGUAAUAUUGUGCCGAGCAUGUUGUGGCUGAUAUUGGUUGGCAGUGGGAGGCUAUCCGUUGACAGAUGUAUUUCUCAGUUUCUGCUGCUUGCAGUUCCAUCUGUCACUCAGUGUUUACUACUGGCUGGCAUGUCCUUCGAUAGGUACGUGGCCAUAUGUAAACCGUUACAUUACACCAUCAUCGUGACCUUCGGACAUCAGAUUCAGAUAGUCCUCUCCUGCUGGUCGGUGGGCUUCGCGCUUUCUUUAGUGGUUUAUAUUUUCUUAAAGCAGUUAAAAUUUUGUGGCCUCAACAUAGUUAACCACUUUUUCUGUGACAUUGCUCCACUCAUAAGACUUUCGUGCUCUGAUACGUACAUUGUGGAAACGGCCACAGCCGCGGUUUCCUUUCCCGUCCUUCUGUCUCCGUUUAUGUUCAUAGUGGUCACCUACAUCUCCAUCCUCCAAACCAUCUUUAAGAUCCCAUCCACCACUGGUAGAAAGAAGACCUUUUCCACCUGCAGUUCCCAUCUUAUUAUUGUAUGCCUGUACUAUGGCACUCUGUCUUCAAUCUACAUCUUCCCACCUAAAGAGAACUCUGUUAAUGCCAACAAGAGUCUCUCUUUACUUUACACCUUGGUGACUCCUUUGUUCAACCCUUUAGUCUACAGCCUACGGAAUCAGGAUAUAAGAGCUGCCAUCCAGAAAUCUAUUAAGAUAUGGACCAUUGACAAGCUAACCUGCUCAUCUUACUGA